AUGCCCAUCCUCGAGCCUGCGGACGGAGCGCCGCUCUUGCCGAUACCCGACUGGAUGAAGGCCAAGGCCCGGGGCGUGAGCACGCAGAGCGUCACGUGGCAAAAGCCAGCCGUGUACCACAGCAUGUCGAACCCGCUGCGGGCCUCCAACUCGGGCGGCCUCAAACCGCCAUCCAAGCUCGCACCGCUCGCCGACCUUGGCAAUAACCAGCAACAUGCCAUCGAGACCGAGUGGCCGAUUGCGGCGCCGUCAAUCUCAAAAUCGUUGAGCUGUCCGCUGAGCUUGAGCCCUGUAAAGCCUCUGGCACUUCCCGUCGUGAGCGGCGACGCACCGAGUGCGACGCCAGUGCACCAAGUCAUGGAAGCUUGCCCUGAAACGAGUGGAAGCUUUGAGGCAAUAUCCAGCAGCGUCAACAUACCUCUUCGGCAGUCGCGCUUGUACAGCGAUGUGAACGGGUCCACCAACAAGUGGCGCGCGCGCGCGAUCGUGAAUCCUUUUGCCAAGCGCAAGACGGCAGCCAACAACGAGCCCACACCAGUCGUGCCCGAGCCAGCCGCUGCCGAAAUCCUUCCCCGUAACACACCGAUCAUCAAGUCCUCGUUCAAGAUGCAACCGACGAACCAAGACGAGCCGGCCUUGGAAGUCCCCAGUAGCAUACAUCACCCAUCAAGCAAGACGCAGCAUAGCCCAUUGCGGGCAGCGCGACCCGAGGCAACACCAGCGCAGAAGCGUGCAGUGACGCCAGACGUUAUGUCGCGGACACCGUCACCGCCGUCAUCACCGAAAUGGGACGGCGAGAUGGCGCCGCGGCCCAAGAAGGCGCAACCGAAACGCCCCGUCAAAGGCAAGUCGUCGUGCGUCGGGGCACUCGCCGAGAUCCAGCGCAAGCGGGAAGAGCGGCGCGCGCUUCAAGUGCAAGAGAAACACCGCAAGGACGCAGAGCUCAAGGAGCACGGCGACGAUACCGGGUACAAAUUUCGGCGCCUCAUCAAGGUGUACCGAUCGACGUUGCCGAAGCGAGAUCCUGCCAUGCGGCGCCCGCCCGUGAGCUCUAGCAAGCUCAGUGUCUUUGUGCGAAAGCGUCCACUUAGCAAGAAGGAGCUCGCUGCCAAAGGCUACGAUGUGAUCACGUGCACACAUGCCACGUCCCUGCUGUGCCACGAGCCAAAAUUCAAGGUCGACAUGAGCGAGUCCCUCGAGAACCACGCGUUCGCGUUUGACGGGGUCUUUGACGAAGGCGACGACAACGACAUCAUAUACAAGCACUCGGUUGGCCCAUGGAUCCCGUCGCUCUUGCAAUCCAACGGCAUUCUCACCGUGUUUGCAUACGGCCAAACGGGCUCGGGCAAGACCUACACCAUGAAAUCCGUGUACCGUCAAGCCGCAAGCGACUUGUUCGCGCAGCUCGCUUCGUCCUCGAAAGGCCGCAUCGUUGUUGGCGUUAGCUUUUACGACAUUUACAAAAAUGGCGUCUGCGACCUCCUCAACCAGCGCAAGAAAGUCCAAGCUCUCGAAGACAACGACGGCGUCGUGCAGCUCUUGGGCCUCACGGAAGUGCAGACAACUUCUGCUGCGAUGCUCAUGGAGCUCGUCGAGAAGGGAGAGGCCUCUCGCAUCACGAGCAUCAAUGGCGUCCACGACGACUCGUCGCGUUCCCACGCCAUCUUGCGCGUGACGCUGUAUGCUGGACAUGCGACACCGAGUAGUCCACUGGGCACGGUCGAAGCGCGCCUGUCGAUGGUCGACUUGGCCGGCAGCGAACGCGCGUGCGAAACUCAAACGGACGACAAGUCGACUCGUAUGGAGGGCGCGGAGAUCAACAAGAGUCUCUUGGCGCUCAAAGAAUGCAUUCGCGCCAUGGACAUUGGCGCCAAGCACCUGCCAUUUCGCCAAAGCAAACUCACCCAGAUUCUCCGCGACAGCUUUAUGUGCGAGACGUCUAAAACGGUCAUGAUCGCGACCGUGUCGCCGUGUUCGGAACAUUCAAACCACACGCUCAACACGCUUCGGUACGCGGACCGCCUCAAGGAGAUCAACUCGCGGGAGGAUUCGUAG